AUGAACCUCCCCCUUCCCCCCUGGCAGUGGGCCGCUCCCCCUUCUUCACCGCCCGCUCCGGUGAAGCCCAAACAGAACAUCAUGGCGAUUGAUGGUGGCGAGCGUAACUGUGGAGUGCAUGAGCUGAUCUGCGUCAGAAAAGUCUCUCCAGAGGUGCUGGGGUUUCUGACGGCCAUCGGACUCUUCAUCAUCCUCAUGACCUUCCUGUUCUGGUACCUCAACAACAAGUUGUCUCUGGAGAACCCAGGGAGCCUUCAGUGCCUUGAUGACUUCAGGAAAAAGAAUGAGAUUCAAGACAAGGCCUACUCUGACGCCGACCUGCAGGGCUCGUCAUCGGACAGCGAGGAUGAACUGAUGGGUCAGUAUCAGGAGGCGGUCAGCCGCUCCCAAGGCCUCCGGGGAGGAGCCAAGGCAGCCGCUAGUACCAAACACGCAGGAGGUUUCAGCUGGGAGAGCCGGCGGAAGUACAGCCCUCUGACUGCUGACUAUAACGGCUACAGCAGCGACGCCUCGGCUGACGACGCCAACUGCAUCCAGAGGAUGAGACGGACGCCGCCGCUGGACGAACUUCAGCCCCCUCCCUAUCAGGAUGAGAACGGCUCUCCGAGGAUGUCCUGUACGCUGUCUGACCUGGGGGACGCCAAGUGUGAUCUAUCGUAUACCAGCGGCAGUCCCCACAUGUCCUUUGGCAAAUGCCCCAGUGAGUACAGCGACGGCCAGGAGACGGAGAGUUACCUCAACAAGGGCUACGAGGAGGAUGUACCCAGUGACAGUACGGCUGUCCUCAGCCCAGAGGACAUGUCAGCCCGUGGAUCAGCAGCUCGGCUCCCUAAAGGUUACGAUCCAGAUCCACUUGCAAAAUACGGCACUCUGGAUGUGGUGUUUGACUACGACUCAGAGGACCAGCAGCUGGCACUCACCAUCAUGGCGGUAUCGGAUCUUCCCGCCCUGAAACGCACGGGCAACAUCUCCUGGCAGGUCCACCUGGUGCUGCUGCCCACCAAAAAGCAGAGGGCCAAGACGGGAAUCCAGAGAGGUCCGUGCCCGAUCUUCACCGAGACCUUCCGCUUCAGCCACGUGGAGUCGGAGAUGAUCAGCAAUUACGCCAUCCGAUUCCGCCUCUACAGCAUGCGGCGGAUGAAGAAGGAGAAGGUGCUCGGGGAAAAGGUGUUUUACCUCACCAAGCUCAACCUUCAGGGCAAAGUGUCUGUGCCGGUCAUAUUAGACCCCUGCUGUGCUCUCCCGGGUGGUGAAUCCCAGGUCAGCCUCUCCGAUAUGACAUGCAGUGAAAGCGCCUCAUCAUUCCAGUCAGUCAGUCAGACUUCCACACCAGAGAUCCUCGUGGGCCUGGUGUACAACGCCACAACAGGUCGUCUCUCUGUGGAGAUCAUCAAAGGCAUCCAUUUUAAAAACCUGGCUGCCAACAAGCCACCCAAUACAUAUGUUAAGCUGACCCUACUGAACUCCAUGGGCCACGAGAUGUCCAAGUGUAAGACCUCCAUCUGUCGAGGUCAGCCCAACCCAACCUACAAAGAGACGUUUGUCUUCCAGGUAGCUCUUUUCCAGCUAUCGGACGUCACGCUCAUCCUCUCCGUCUACAACAAGCGCAGCAUGAAGCGCAAGGAGAUGAUUGGCUGGAUUUCGCUCGGCCUCAACAGCUCCGGGGAGGAGGAGCUCACCCACUGGACUCAGAUGAAGGAGUCUAAAGGACAGCAGGUUUGCCGCUGGCACAGUUUGUUGGAGUCCUAG